CGCUGGUACGUGGCCAUCAUCUACAAUUCUUCUUCAGAUCUUCUCCUCUCAAAAAUGCCGAUCUUCAAAAACCCUACCCCUAAAUCCAAACUCACCAUCCCCAAAUCCCUCCUCCUCUCGAUCUCCACCAUCUCCAUCGUCCUCCUCCUCCUCUUCUUCUCCUCCUCCUCUUCAAUCCCCACGUCUGGAUACUCGAUCUCAAGCGAUCCCGCCAUGAGUUCUAUAGGAAUCGAGCAGAAGAACGAUGAGACGUUGAAGUGGAAGGGGAAGAAGUUCUUGUAUUGGGGGAAUCGGAUCGAUUGCCCUGGUAAGCAUUGUGAUUCUUGCGCGGGGCUAGGGCAUCAGGAGUCUAGCUUGCGGUGCGCUCUCGAGGAGGCCUUGUUUCUCAAAAGGGUCUUUGUGAUGCCAUCAAGAAUGUGCAUCAACCCAAUACACAAUAAGAAGGGAAUUCUCCAUCACUCAACUGACGGAAGUUUAGAUGAAGGGUACUUCUCAGUAGGUUUUAUGGCAAGGCUGCCCCUCUUACUUGUAGUUUCCUUAGAUGGAAACUUAAGAAUAACUCAAAAGAACCAAUUUCUUAUGGACACUUGGCAUAAGAUUCCUAAUCAAGGUUUUUAUGUCUUAUGUAAACUUCAUAAACAACUUGAUCCAAGUUCUUGUACGAUGGACUCUUUGUAUGACAUGGAUCUCAUUUCUGAAACCAUACCUGUAAUUCUGGACAAUUCGAAGACAUGGCAUCGAGUAAUAUCAACAAGUAUGAAGUUAGGAAAGAUGGGGGUGGCACACGUGCAAGGUUUCAGCAGAGUCGACCUGAAAGACAGUAAUCUCUACUCAAAUGUUUUAUUAAUAAAUCGCACUGCAAGUCCUCUUUCCUGGUUUAUGGAAUGCAAGGGUCGGAACAAUCACAGUUCAGUUUUGCUCCCAUAUUCAUUCCUCCCAUCAAUGGCAGCCAAACAGCUAAGAGUUGCAGCGGAUAAGAUUAAAGAACUUCUUGGUGAUUAUGAUGCCAUACAUGUACGCCGUGGGGAUAUUUUAAAGACGAGGAAAGAUGGACAUGGUGUUGAAAGGACUCUUCAUCCUCAUCUGGACAGAGAUACACGGCCUGAAUUUAUUCAACUGAGAAUAUCAAAAUGGAUUCCGCCAGGACGUACUCUUUUCAUUGCUUCAAAUGAGAGAUCACCUGGCUUCUUUUCGCCUCUAUCUGCCAGGUAUAUCUUUUGCUGA